CUGUAACCUCAAUGUUAGUUUCUGGUUGGGUAAGGAUUAUGGAUUGUAUUUUAAAGUUAGGAUUAUAUAUAAUUGUGGUAUAUAUAUAGCGGGACAUGCAUGGAAUUACUAUAAGUGAACUAUAUAUAUACAUAUAUAUAGGUCUCUAGAACACUUGGGCAGAAAUCUCAUCCGCCAAUUCUGAUAAAAAAAUUCUUCCUUGCAAUUCCCGCAAAUUACAGAAAGCUUGCUCCCUCGAUUUUGAGCAAAUUGCUUGCAUGCAUGGAUGUAUGUGAAUUUGCAAAGAGAAAGUUGAUGCUUUAAGACUUUUUUGGGAACAGAUUUUAAUUCCGUUAAAGAUCCAUAUUUUUUAAAACGUCAUUGUCUUGUGUUUAACACGAAGUAUAUUCGCUCGUGCAUGCAUGCAUGCAUAAGUUUGUUUUUAUAUUCAAAUUAUCAAAUGUAUAGGGAUAAUUACAUAUCUAAAAUGUUGCAAAUAUGAAAUAUUUGAACAUAAAUGAACCCUUUCUCGCCACGCUUACAGACUGGCGCUUGCAAUCACUCGGUUGCACGCGCUCACUAAAUCAUUAGCGUCUUCCGGGGUAAUAUAAGUUAGUCGUAUUUAUACAGUGACAAUAAGUAGACGCUUCUUUCGAUCAAUAUGCUUCUCAUUACUUUACAAUCGUGAGAGAAAUUAGCAUAUAUAGUUUAUUGCAUACUGAUAAGCAAGUAUAGUUGAUGCGGAGUGCUUUGAAUUAGAGCAUCAAUAUCGACAGGUGGCCGGGACAAAUGAUAUAGACGCAUACACGAUAUGACAUCGCUUCGAGUCUUUACGAAAUGUCACCGAGGUAUUGAGUCAGCUGAAUAUACUUGCCGUCUUUCACACAAUUAUGCGACCAAAACAACAGUUUGGCGGUUUGUCCGACUCGAAAUAUCUUCAAGACGAGGUUCCCAGAAGGACCGUUAAGAAGACAGCCGUUGAUAACAAAGAAACUACACUAUCAACGCCAGCGAUCGCAGGUAUUGUAGUGUUUGCUGUUGUUUUCAUCUGCGCCAUUUUAAUGUUCAUAUUUUUCCGGAGAAGGAGAAAAAAUUCAUCGGAAAGCUAUCGGAAGUCGCCGUCACGUGCCGUCAAACAUCGGCCGGUCACGGUGCAGACGUCGACGCAUCAGUUGACCAGCUCCGGGCCAAUUCCCGCUGCGCCGGACUACAGUAAGUCCGGGCUCGGGAGACGGACGACCUAUAAUAACAUCAAUAAUAACAAUAUGCUGGAAAAUAGCUCAAGCGAAGAAGAAGGUUUUGACGGGAAUGAACUGGUGCAAAGAUUUGACUGGAGCUCACCGCGGCGGCGAAAGAAUAAUUCGCCGUCGAAAGAGGAUGUAAUCGUCGCAAACAACACAGACGAAGACAGAAUCGACGCGGGGCAAGAGGAUAUCAAAGACGAAACAAACUAUCCGUUGGGUCACAUUGGUCGUAUCUGGUUUCGGACAGACUACCAAUCUGCUACAGAAAAGCUCCAAGUAAACAUUAUUAGAAUACGUCAUCUGCCUAACCGAGAUGAUUCUAAUGUGCCUCCCGACCCUCAGGUACGUCUGUACCUUCUACCGGAUGACCGCUGUCAGCAUCAGACUGAGGUCAAAAGAAAAACUCGGAAUCCAAAUUUUUGCGAAGUGUUCAACUUUCAAGUAGCCCGCGAUCAUCUGCGUCAGCGCGUCCUUCGGCUUUCCGUCUAUGAUCAUGGCGAAGGCCGUCGUGGUGACGUCAUUGGUCACGUUUUAUAUUCGUUAAAAGAUGAGGCAUUCGGCGGUUCGGAAAUUUGGCGUGAUUUCGAAACGCUUUCGGAGGUUGAAUCGAAGCUUGGAGAUCUUCACGUGUCAUUGGCUCACUAUCCUAUUCUUGAUAGACUGACGGUUAUUGUUUUAAGGGCCAUCAAUCUUCCACUUUAUAAAGGAAUGAGCAAUCCAGAUACUUACGUCAAAGUGACAUUUUCGAAAGGCAACAACGUGCUAAAGGUGAAGAAAACCAACGUUAAAUGCGGCACAAUAGAGCCAUUUUACAAUGAAACAUUUCACAUCAACGCGACGAGCGACGAUCUCCCGGCAUGCAGCUUGCUGCUGUCCGUGUAUCAAAGUACCGGAAGUGACGCAACAACUGAGGGAAAGCUGAUUGGUCGAGUAUUGUUAGGCGGUAUGAUGUACGCACGAGGCAAGGAACUUGAGCACUGGACUGAUAUGUUAUGUCAACCCAGGACUAUGGUGAAAUACUGGCAUUCACUUGGGAAAUAGCCAAAUAACAAUGAGAUUGUAAAACAUAGAAUGUCCCAAAAAACGCAGUUCGGGAUGUUCAAAGAAAAAGGCCUUUGAUAUUUAAGAUCUUAGCUUGCUAGAAUGGAUCAUUUCCGUGCAUAUUAAUUAACUAAAAUCAAAAGUAAGAAAAUUCAUCAGGGCAUCCCAAAACAUACCCUUUAAAUAAACAACGUGACAACUUCAUUUUUGUCAACCAUGGAUGGAGUCAUUUAACAUGAAUUCGCCCCUCUCCCUUGCUACGCCCUGAACGGUAUUGCCGAGGCACCUAAUGAUGUCAUGACCUCAGUCGAUCAAAAUUUCAUUCAAGAGUUUAAUUUAUUUGCUUCAAAGAUAUGAAAAUUUGCGUCGCGUUGGGGGAUAAUGUAAUUCAGUGUGUGUGUGUGCCUUUAAGCCUGGAUCUCGUAUGUCACCGACGGUCGGCGAUACCUAUUGUCCCUGGUCACUGAUGAAUGAAGUGUUUUAUUAUUUUCAAUAAAUGUUCUUCGUCACCAGCUACAAACAAUACAUCGCCGACUGUCGGUGACAUAUGAGAACCAGGUUUUUGCACACGGUCGUCGCUAGAAGCUUAAUUAGGGUGCAUAUUCACAUAUUCAUGUUUAUACAACCUUAGAAACAAUAGCUAACAAAAGAAAUCUUUCGGCCAUAAGACGAAUAUAUGAAUAUGCAACCCCCCAAUUAAUUAUGCUUCUAGCGACGAUAGAAUAUGGCUAUAAUUUUUAACUUCUAGCUCACAGAUUGGUUAUGAAGCAAAUUGUUCCAGGAUUGUAUUGUGAAUAAACUACUUCUCGGCCAUUUUUUAUUGCAACUCACCAUGAGAUGAUUGAUAUACGCUGGCUAUCUCGACCAAUCAAAUUGCAGAAUAGCUCACAUAUUGAGUAUAUGUUUAAUAAUUAGUCUAAGACUAAUUGGGUCAGUAUAUAUAAAUUGCGAGGUGUUUACAAAUAAUA